GGGGCGCGCAGCCCGUCACGCGGUGCCGCCGUCACAGCGCCCAGCGCAGCCCAGGAGCGGCAGCAGCUCCGCGCUCGGGGACCCGCGCCCAUGCCGGGCCGCCGCCAGUGACGCCGGAGAGGUGUCUCCGCCCUCACCAGGGCUCCCAGAGCUGCUGAGGGUGACCAACGAAGGCCGGAGAGAUGGCCGGGGCCUCGGUGAAGGUGGCGGUGCGUGUCCGCCCCUUCAAUUCCAGGGAGAUGAGCCGAGACUCCAAGUGCAUCAUCCAGAUGUCUGGAAGCACCACCACCAUCAUUAACCCCAAACAGCCCAAGGAGACACCCAAAAGCUUCAGCUUCGACUAUUCCUACUGGUCACACACCUCGCCGGAGGACAUCAAGUACGCGUCACAGAAGCAGGUGUACCGGGACAUCGGCGAGGAGAUGCUGCAGCACGCCUUCGAGGGCUACAACGUGUGCAUCUUCGCCUACGGGCAGACGGGGGCCGGCAAGUCCUACACCAUGAUGGGCAAGCAGGAGAAGGACCAGCAGGGCAUCAUCCCGCAGCUCUGUGAAGACCUGUUCUCCCGCAUCAACGACACGACCAACGACAACAUGUCCUACUCCGUGGAGGUCAGCUACAUGGAGAUUUACUGUGAACGCGUCCGUGACCUCCUGAAUCCCAAGAACAAGGGCAACCUGCGUGUGCGCGAGCACCCGCUGAUGGGGCCGUAUGUGGAGGACCUCUCCAAGCUGGCCGUCACCUCCUACAAUGACAUCCAGGACCUCAUGGACUCAGGGAACAAGGCCAGGACCGUGGCGGCCACAAACAUGAAUGAGACCAGCAGCCGCUCCCACGCUGUCUUCAACAUCAUCUUCACCCAGAAGCGCCACGACGCGGAGACCAACAUCACCACGGAGAAGGUGAGCAAAAUCAGCCUGGUGGACCUGGCGGGGAGUGAGCGGGCGGACUCCACGGGAGCCAAGGGCACGCGGCUCAAGGAGGGAGCCAACAUCAACAAGUCCUUGACCACGCUGGGGAAGGUCAUCUCUGCUCUGGCGGAAAUGGACUCUGGGCCCAACAAGAACAAGAAAAAGAAGAAGACCGAUUUCAUUCCCUACCGAGAUUCCGUGCUGACCUGGCUGCUCCGGGAAAACCUAGGCGGGAACUCCAGGACCGCGAUGGUAGCGGCCCUGAGCCCUGCAGACAUCAACUACGACGAGACUCUGAGCACGCUGAGGUACGCCGACCGGGCCAAACAGAUACGCUGUAACGCCGUCAUCAACGAGGACCCCAACAACAAGCUGAUCCGUGAGCUGAAGGACGAGGUGACCCGGCUGCGGGACCUGCUGUACGCCCAGGGUCUCGGGGACAUCACCGACAUGACCAACACCCUGGUGGGCAUGAGCCCCUCGUCCUCGCUCUCGGCCCUGUCCAGCCGCGCCGCCUCCGUGUCCAGCCUGCACGAGCGCAUGCUGUUCGCCCCAGGCAGCGAGGAGGCCAUCGAGAGGCUGAAGGAGACGGAGAAGAUCAUAGCCGAGCUCAACGAGACCUGGGAGGAGAAGCUGCGGCGGACGGAAGCCAUCCGGAUGGAGAGGGAAGCGCUGCUGGCCGAGAUGGGCGUGGCCAUGAGGGAGGACGGCGGCACCUUGGGCGUGUUUUCUCCAAAAAAGACACCACAUCUCGUCAACCUGAAUGAGGACCCGCUGAUGUCCGAGUGCCUCCUGUAUUACAUCAAGGACGGGACCACCAGGGUGGGCCGGGAGGAUGCGGAGAGGCGGCAGGACAUCGUCCUGAGUGGGCACUUCAUCAAGGAGGAGCACUGCGUCUUCCGGAGCGACUCCCGGGGCGGCAGCGAAGCCGUGGUGACCUUGGAACCCUGUGAGGGGGCAGACACAUACGUCAAUGGCAAGAAAGUCACGGAGCCCAGCAUCCUGCGGUCCGGAAACCGCAUCAUCAUGGGGAAGAGCCACGUGUUCCGGUUCAACCACCCCGAGCAGGCACGGCAGGAGCGCGAGCGCACGCCCUGCGCAGAGACGCCCGCUGAGCCCGUGGACUGGGCCUUCGCGCAGCGCGAGCUGCUGGAGAAGCAGGGCAUCGACAUGAAGCAGGAGAUGGAGCAGAGGCUCCAGGAGCUGGAGGACCAGUACCGCCGUGAGCGAGAGGAGGCCACCUACCUGCUGGAGCAGCAGAGGCUGGACUACGAGAGCAAGCUGGAGGCCCUGCAGAAGCAGAUGGGCUCCAGGUGCUUCUCUGAAGCGAACGAGGAGGACGAGGAGCCGGAGGACGAGGUCCAGUGGACGGAGAGGGAGUGUGAGCUGGCGCUGUGGGCCUUCCGGAAGUGGAAGUGGUACCAGUUCACGUCUCUGCGGGACCUGCUGUGGGGCAACGCCAUCUUCCUCAAAGAGGCCAAUGCCAUCAGCGUGGAGCUCAAGAAGAAGGUCCAGUUCCAGUUUGUCCUCCUCACGGACACGCUGUACUCCCCACUGCCGCCGGACCUGCUGCCCCCAGAGGCUGCCAAAGAGCGGGAGACGCGCCCCUUCCCGCGCACCAUCGUGGCCGUGGAGGUCCAGGACCAGAAGAACGGGGCCACCCACUACUGGACGCUGGAGAAGCUCAGGCAGCGCCUGGACCUGAUGCGGGAGAUGUACGACCGGGCCGCGGAGGUGCCCUCCAGUGUCAUCGAGGACUGUGACAACGUGGUGACUGGUGGAGACCCCUUCUACGACCGCUUUCCCUGGUUCCGGCUGGUGGGCAGCUACCCUCUUCUCAACACAUGCAUGAGCGAGCGCAUGGCUGCUCUCACCCCCUCCCCCACCUUCUCGAGCCCCGACUCCGACGCCACCGAGCCUGCCGAGGAGCAGAGCGUGGGGGAGGAGGAGGAGGAGGAGGAGGAGGAGGAGGAGGAGGAUCUGCAGGACGACGUCUUUCCGGAGCACGCGCUGUGCGACGGCCGGGACCCGUUUUACGACCGGCCCCCCCUGUUCAGUUUAGUAGGAAGGGCCUUCGUGUACCUGAGCAACCUGCUGUACCCCGUGCCCCUGGUGCACCGCGUGGCCGUCGUCAGCGAGAAGGGAGAGGUGAAGGGCUUCCUCCGCGUGGCCGUCCAGGCCACUUCAGCUGAUGAAGAGGCCCCCGAUUACGGCUCUGGCGUCCGACAGUCAGGAACCGCCAAAAUCUCCUUUGACGACCAGCAUUUCGAAAAGUUCCAGUCCGAGUCCUGCCCCGUGGUGGGGAUGUCCCGCUCCGGGACCUCGCAGGAGGAGCUGCGCAUCGUGGAAGGUCAGGGCCAGGGUGCGGAGGCAGGGCCCUCGGCCGAUGAGGUCAACAACAACACCUGCUCAGCCAUGCCUCCAGAAGGCCUCCUCCUAGACAGCCCUGAGAAAGCCACCCUGGACGGGCCCCUGGACGCCGCCCUGGACCACCUGCGCUUGGGCAGCACCUUCACCUUCCGUGUGACAGUCCUGCAGGCGUCCAGCAUCUCUGCUGAAUACGCAGACAUCUUCUGCCAGUUCAACUUCAUCCAUCGCCACGACGAGGCCUUCUCCACGGAGCCCCUCAAGAACACGGGGAGGGGCCCCCCGCUGGGCUUCUACCACGUCCAGAACAUCGCAGUGGAGGUGACCAAGUCCUUCAUCGAGUACAUUAAGAGCCAGCCCAUCGUGUUCGAGGUCUUCGGCCAUUACCAGCAGCACCCGUUCCCCCCGCUCUGCAAGGACGUGCUCAGCCCCCUGAGGCCCUCACGCCGCCAUUUCCCGAGGGUCAUGCCGCUGUCCAAGCCAGUGCCUGCCACCAAGCUCAGCACCCUCGCGCGGCCCUGCCCGGGGCCCUGUCACUGCAAGUAUGACGUGCUGGUCUACUUCGAGAUCUGUGAGCUGGAGGCCAACGGCGAUUACAUUCCUGCGGUGGUGGACCACCGCGGCGGGAUGCCGUGCAUGGGGACCUUCCUGCUCCACCAGGGUAUCCAGAGACGGAUAACCGUGACACUGCUGCACGAGACGGGCAGCCACAUCCGCUGGAAGGAAGUCCGAGAGCUCGUCGUGGGUCGGAUUCGAAACACACCAGAAACUGACGAGUCCCUGAUCGACCCCAACAUCUUGUCUCUCAACAUCCUCUCCUCUGGCUACAUCCACCCGGCCCAGGACGACCGGCAGUUUCUUGAUUCGGACAUGCCUAGGACCUUUUACCAGUUUGAGGCCGCGUGGGACAGCUCCAUGCACAACUCUCUGCUGCUGAACCGGGUCACCCCGUACCGAGAGAAAAUCUACAUGACCCUCUCGGCUUACAUUGAGAUGGAGAACUGCACCCAGCCAGCCGUCAUCACCAAGGACUUCUGCAUGGUCUUCUACUCUCGGGAUGCCAAGCUGCCCGCCUCACGCUCCAUCCGCAACCUGUUUGGCAGCGGGAGCCUGCGGGCCUCGGAGAGCAACCGCGUGACAGGCGUGUACGAGCUCAGCCUGUGCCAUGUGGCCGAUGCCGGCAGCCCAGGGAUGCAGCGGCGGCGGAGGCGCGUGCUCGAUACGUCUGUGGCCUACGUCCGCGGCGAGGAGAACCUGGCGGGCUGGAGGCCCCGGAGCGACAGCCUCAUCCUGGACCACCAGUGGGAGCUGGAGAAGCUGAGUCUCCUGCAGGAGGUGGAGAAGACCAGGCACUACCUGCUGCUGCGGGAGAAGCUGGAGACCACGCAGCGGCCUGGCCCCGAGGCGCCGUCCCCCGCCUCCAGCGAGGACUCCGGCUCCCACGGCCCGUCCGGCCCCUCGUCCCCACUCUCGGCCGAGGGCCGGCCGUCCCCCCUGGAGGCUCCCAACGAGAGACAGCGGGAGCUGGCCGUCAAGUGCUUACGCCUCCUCACGCACACGUUCAACCGAGAGUACACCCACAGCCACGUGUGCAUCAGCGCCAGCGAGAGCAAGCUCUCCGAGAUGUCUGUCACCCUGCUUCGGGACCCAUCCAUGUCCCCUCUGGGGGCAGCCACGCUCACACCCUCCUCCACCUGCCCCUCUCUGGUGGAGGGGCGGUACGGAGCAGCCGAUCCGAGGACCCCGCAGCCCUGCUCCCGGCCGGCCAGCCCAGAACCUGAGUCUGUGCCCGAGGCAGAUUCGAAGAAGCUUCCAUCCCCUGCUCGGGCCGUGGAGGCGGACAAAGAGCCCCCGCGCCUGCUGGUUCCUGACAUCCAGGAGAUCCGGGUCAGCCCCAUCGUCUCCAAGAAGGGCUACCUGCACUUCUUGGAGCCACACACGGCCGGCUGGGCCAAGCGCUUCGUGGUGGUACGGCGGCCGUAUGCCUACAUGUACAACAGCGACAAGGACUCUGUGGAGAGGUUCGUGCUCAACCUGUCCACCGCCCAGGUGGAGUACAGCGAGGACCAGCAGGCCAUGCUCAAGACACCCAACACGUUUGCCGUGUGCACGGAGCACCGCGGCAUCCUGCUGCAGGCCAACAGCGACAAGGACAUGCAUGACUGGCUGUACGCAUUCAACCCCCUCCUGGCCGGGACCAUACGGUCCAAGCUGUCCAGACGGCGGUCUGCCCAGAUGAGGGUCUGAGCCGGAGCCCCCCGCGCCCCCACGACAGCCAGCAGGCCAGCCCCGCCCCCAGUCCUCGUCACCAUCCGUCAUGUCACGCGCGCCCAGCCUGCCCCCACCAGCCAGCCAGCCAGCCGGUCCCCUGUUGGGGACGCUGCGCGGGGCCCCACAGAGCGCCACCUCUGGCCCGGGCGCCUGCACCGCAACACCUAUCCUGCCCCGAGCAGAGGCCACGUUCUGUCUUCUUUCGGAGCGGGCCCCGGGUGGGAGCGGCUGGGAGGUGCCAGAGGCCGGAGGGCACAAGUCAGGGGCGUCGCCGCCGUUCUGAUAUUUUUUUAAGCAUAGACAGACUUAUAAUUAAUAUACAUUAGUUAGUGACACCGAAACAGGCCACUCAGAAAUUAA